CUCUGUUUAAUAUCGCAGUAUCGCAGCAUCAUACUGGCAUAUGUCUGUCAGACCAGGACAGCGGCGCCGAAGCAUGAAGCUGACGGUGUCCGUGCUGUGCGCGAUGUUCUCGGUCACCGUUACGGGUCAAGGAGAGUUCGCCUCUCUGGCCGAGAUGGAGGACACACUGCUGAGGAAUUUGUUCCACGGCUACCAGAAGUGGGUGAGACCGAUCCGGCAUGCCAACGACACCAUCACGGUGCGCUUCGGCCUGAAAAUCUCCCAGCUGGUGGACGUGGAUGAAAAGAACCAGCUGAUGACCACCAACGUCUGGCUAUGGCAGGAAUGGACGGAUCUUAAGCUACGCUGGAGCCCAGAGGAAUAUGGUGGAAUCACCUCCAUCAGGGUCCCCUCAGAGACCAUCUGGCUGCCCGAUAUCGUCUUGUACGAGAAUGCUGAUGGGCGCUUCGAGGGUUCCUUGAUGACCAAAGCCAUCGUGAAGUACAACGGCUCAAUCACGUGGACGCCACCAGCCAGCUACAAGUCCGCCUGCACCAUGGAUGUCACCUUCUUCCCGUUUGACCGUCAGAAUUGCUCCAUGAAGUUUGGGUCUUGGACCUAUGAUGGCAAUAUGGUGGACCUGGUUCUGGUGGAUGACCACGUGGACCAGAAGGACUUCUUCGAUAAUGGGGAGUGGGAAAUCCUAAACGCCACUGGAAUGAGAGGCAGUCGACAAGAUGGACAGUAUUCAUACCCUUUCGUCACAUACUCCUUCAUCCUCAAGAGGCUACCAUUGUUCUAUACGCUCUUCCUCAUCAUCCCAUGCUUGGGUCUGUCCUUCCUCACCGUUCUGGUCUUCUACCUGCCUUCCGAUGAAGGUGAGAAGCUCUCUCUCUCCACCUCCGUCUUGGUGUCCCUCACCGUCUUCCUACUAGUCAUCGAGGAGAUCAUCCCCACCUCUUCCAAGGUUAUCCCGCUCAUCGGCGAGUACCUCCUCUUCAUCAUGAUCUUCGUCACACUCUCCAUCAUCGUCACCGUCUUCGUCAUCAACGUUCACCACCGCUCGUCCGCCACGUACCACCCCAUGGCCCCGUGGGUGAAGAGCCUCUUCUUACAGCGGCUGCCCAAGCUGCUCUGCAUGCGAGGCCACACUGACCGGUACCACCAGCCCGAGAUGGAGAUGGGCAGCCCAGAGUCUCAGAGGGCCUGUGCUGGGAUGGAGGAUGAGAACAAGGCCUGGGUGGACAUUCUGGAGAGGGCCUGCAGCUCUGUGCGCUACAUCUCCCGUCACAUCAAGAAGGAACACUUCAUCAGGGAGGUGGUUCAGGACUGGAAGUUCGUAGCCCAGGUGCUAGACCGCAUCUUCCUGUGGGCCUUCCUGUCCGCCUCUGUGUUGGGCACCAUCCUCAUCUUCACACCUGCUCUGCAGAUGUACCUGAGCAGCCCACCUUGACACCCAGCAACAUCUCGACGCCGUAAACGUACCCACCGUCACGAGACAAGAUCAGUGUCCAGCGCAGACCUGGAGCAAAGGCCACACCCUUUAAGUAGCCAAUCAGCUUCCACUCAGCUCAGUUUCUGAAUUAAGCACAAAUUAUUGUUGACAGUCUAUUGCAGACCAUAGAGAAAUGAUCAGCAUUGUUUCUGUUGUGAUUAUGUACCGAUUACAGAACUGCUCGAAGGAGCAGCAUAUGACUAGCAGCUCCUAUUGAUUGUGGUAAGAUAUGCUUUAACGUUUGGUUUUGUGUCACACUGAUGACUGAUUUCCAUCCUCCACGUUACAGUAGAUGUGUAGAUUCACAGAGCUGCAAGUACAGGUUAUGAAAUACGGAGAAGUUUCUUGUUGCCGUGAUCUAAAUGCACAAUAUGCAAAUUUAGCCCUGUGAUGAACUGCUAUUUCCACUGCUUCCUGGGACAGGUUUGGGGUCUCUCUGACCCCGUCCUAGACAAGUGGCUGGUAGAUGCAUGGUCAGUUUGUAAAAGCUAAAACACUUUACAUGUGGAUAUUUAACUUAGUAGGGUGCAGUUAAAAUAUGGUUGGGUUUUUCUGUUUAAAAAGGAUGCAUAUGCUUUAGAUUUAAUUUCAGUGGGUAAUUGUUCACAAAUCAUGCCUGGUUCAUGAGACCUUAUUUUACUUUAUUACUUGACACUAGGUGGCAGCAGUGGUCAAUAAAAGACUGACUA